AUGAAAUCAACAAUUGCACUCUCGACUCUUCUUGCGGUAGCCACAGCGACUCCCUUCCUCAAAGCUCGAACUCUCGAUAUCUCAGCAUAUAAAGCUGUGCCAACCGCUCCUGUCAGAGGAGCCCCUGCCGGCAACACGGCCACGGCGAGUAUUACAUACAACCCCUCAUCUGCAGCAGGCGCCGCCAUUGCAGCCGCAACUUCCUCUGUCGCUAUUGUCAAUCGUAGACAUAAGCGUAGCUCUUGCUCGGGUACUUGCGCUGUCUUGGCUGCAGGGAAUGGGCCUAGUGUUAACAGCCCGGAUACUGCGGUAGCCUUUCAGGCGGAUCAGAAUUUCGCUGAUGCAGCACUGAAUGCUGUGACUCCUCCAGGCUAUGCUCUGGUUGAUGGAUUCAAGAAUGUUGAUGCAGCUGCUCAAUCUGCUACGUAUCUAACAUACAUCUCCGACUCUGUCACUUCUUACGAUUCUGCAAUUUGUGCCAAUGCAUGCAACAAUAUCCAGGGGUGCACGUCUUUCAAUAUCUUCUUCGAGAGAGAUCCAACUCUUGUUCCGGAUACAGAGGACUGUCCAAACCCUCCCUCCCAAACCCUUAUAAAAUGCUCUCUUUUCGGUGGCUUGUUGGACGCUUCAUCGGCUACAAACAGCGGCCAAUGGCAAGCUGAUUUCCAAGUUGUGAUUGCUGGUUCGAACGCGUACAAUUCAGUUGCGCCUCCAGCGAUCCCAGGAUAUGGAGGAGUACAGAACUUUGGAACUGCUACCGUAAAUGCCCCUGCAAAUACUACUACAUAUAUGGGAGUGGGAGCUUUCCCUCAGACUCAACCAUACGAUCCGACUGUCUGCGCUGCUGCUUGCAGUUCAAAGAGUAACCCUAGCUGCGCAUUCUUCGUAUCUUUUAUCUUAUAUGAAAAUGGACAAAAUGGUGUAUUUACUUGUACAUAUUUUACUGUCCCUUACGGAUCCGACAGAGCGAACGAGAUCGGUCAAUACGAUGCCCAGGGAAAUCAUUACACGAUCGGCCACAGCUUUGGAUUCACUGUCGAUGGCGUCACAGCUGAAUGAAUCGAGCAAGUGCUCAUAUCACCGAUACCAAGGUAGCUGCUGUGUCUCUUUUCGAGGGAGAAGGAGGAAGGGGGGGGCUGGUUUUGUUGGGAAGGAAAUAAUUGGAGGAAUUAAUUGAAAGAUUUAGUGUGGGGAGAUUUCAAUAGCUUGCCUUUUUUAUGAAUUGAAUUUUGAAUUUUCUGCGAACAAACCAUUAGAUCCAUCGGUAGAUCCCGACUGUGCAUUUUACAAUCGUGCCACUAGUGAUAAAUUCCUCCCAUAUCAUUGUCCCAAAUGAUGUCAUCGUGUCAAAUGAUAUACACCUGGCAUGGAUGAGGCAUGGAGGAGGAAAUUGAAGUUUCAAACGAUUCAACCUGCAGCCCGAACUUCACCGCCGGUGGUUUCGAAUAUCCUGGCAUGACUCAAUAUUUCGGUUCACUUAUCUCUUAGAUAAAUUUCAUAUUUCAGGCAAAUGCUAGAAGCAAGAAUAGGCCAUGGCUGAGUGGCAAUGCGACAACUUAGAAACAAGCAAGAGCAACUGCGAAACAAACAAACAGAUCUAGGGCCGUUUACGCAAUCAGCAAGAGUGUACUCAGAAUAGUGUGCAACUGUACACCAGGAAACAACCUGUUGAAUACACACGGCUUCUCAUCUGUUGCUAUAUACACCCACAAUUGACAAUGAUGAGCUGUUUCAAGAUCAUUAAUAAUAUUCGAAAUUAUCGGUCCAGGCGUAUCGGCUUUUAUCUCACGGUGUAUUCCCAAGCGCUGAGACCCGUGCUUGAAAGAUGCCGAGACGAGUCACCAAUAACUCAAUGUGGGGGGAUACGAAUGCUGUCAGACUCGACCGCAAGAGUGACCGUGUGCAGCGAUAACGAAGCGAUAGGUAUGUAGAUAGAGGGCUAGGAGUCGUAAAGAGGUAUCUUCGUGGUUAUCUUGGACACCAGUCGCAGCCGUUUCGAGAUUGUUAAGGGUGAUAUUCACGCCUGGCUCAAUACACCUGCGAAAGCUUCAAAAUAACUG